AUGAAGCGUGAAAGUCACUUCAGUUGCCAUUCUGUGCAUUUUGAGCCAAACAUUGAUGAACAUGGGGGGCUGGUGUGCAGGGGGGACUGCAAUGAGAAAGCCAUGAGAGCCUUUCUUGUCUUCUUCUUCGGCGGCUUGGGGGGUGGGCGCGGAGGCGGUUUAGGCGGAGGGCUUUUGGGCGGGCGUGGAGGAGGUUUGGGAGGGGGGCUCGGAGGUGGGGAUGGGGGCGGGCGUGGGGGAGGUCUGGGGGGCGGGCGCGGGGGCGGGGAUGGGGGCGGAUUUGGGGGAGGCCUGGGGGGCGGGCGCGGGGGCGGGGAUGGUGGCGGGUUUGGGGGAGGUCUGGGGGGAGGGGGAGGGGGCGGUGAUGGGGGCGGGUUCGGGGGAGGGCGAGGUGGCGGGCUUGGCGGAGGGGGGCUCGGUGGGAGCGGGGGACUAGGGGGCGGGGAAGGCGGAGACGGCGGCGGGGAAGGGGGAGGCUGCGGGGGAGGCGACGGCGGUUUUGGGGGGCUUGGGGGAGGCCUUGGAGGGGAGGGCGGCUUGGGCGGGGAAGGUGGCUUAGGCGGAGACGGCGGCGGCGGGGGAUUGGGCGGAGGGGAAGGCGGCGAGGGCGGCGGAGGCGGCGGAGGGGAGGGGGAAGCUACAAACUUCUGCACGCAUACGGCUGUAGCGAAGAAAUCAUAA